CACGUGUUUGUACAAAUAUAGAGAGGAGACAGGGACACUAUCGCCACAUCCAAGCAGUAUAUGUGUUGGCACUGGUAUUUCAAGAGGAAGUUCUUUCUACAGGGUUACACACAGAUUUUACAAGAUGUUUUUAAAGCUUUAUUGAUAUAAUUCUAGUAGUGACAGCAGGAGGAUGUGUCGGAAUGUAUAGGACAAAAACAAGAUAAGAAAUACUGAGGAACAGCUUUAUUGAUAGAGUAAGCAUCGUAAAAGUCUUUAAGUGACAUAACCAAAGCUAACACAAUGAAGCCUAAGGACAUCAUGAAGGAAAAGAGCAGCCUGUGGAUAUUUGGAUAUGGCUCCUUGGUUUGGAAACCUGACUUUGCAUACAAGAGAAGCAUAAUCGGCUACAUCAACGGAUACAAAAGGCGCUUCUGGCAUGGAGAUGAUUUUUACCGAGGGGACAAGGAAAAGCUUGGCAGAGUGGUAACACUUGUGGAGGAUCAGGAGGCUUGCACAUGGGGAGUGGCCUAUGAAGUGACUGACUCCCAGAUAGAACAGUCUCUCCAGUACCUGAACAUGAGGGAGGUUGUGCUGGGGGGUUAUAUAACACAGAUGGUUGAGUUCAUCCCUAAAGAGAAACAUCACGCUCCUCUACUGUCCCUCGUCUACAUCGCUACUUCUGACAACCCCAUCUACCUUGGCCCGGCCUCUGACAUGGAGAUUGCCGCCCAAAUCGCCAUCAGCCGGGGUAACACGGGCAACAACAUCGAAUACCUGGUCCGCCUGGCCGAGUUCAUGAGGCUAUACUGUCCUGGGGUGGAGGAUGAGCACCUGUUCUCCAUCGAGGCCGCUGUUCUGAACAUUUUUGAUGACUGUGGGGGGAUCAAACCCCCAGAACACAUGACACUGCUGCUGGGAGCCUCAUGAAAUACAGCCACUCUAUAAAAUAAUCAUGCUCUUCUUCAGGGGAAAUGGUAGUCCUGCAAUCAAUCUUUAAGGGUCUUUGGUGCUUGGAAAAGGAAAUCCCAUUUUUAUAUUGUAAAAAAAACAGGGGCAGUGUACAAUGUUUUUGAUCUACAACAUAUCUUCUACCUUUGACCUUAACUCUUGUGACAUUUGCAGCAGAGAACUCAGUGCAUGCUUUCCUUUAACUGCACACAGACUCCAGAAGCAGGUGAAGCUUUUAAAAACGCACACUCAGAGAUGUUUUCUCCUCUUAAUUCUUAAUGUCUUACUCCUUUGUUGUAAAAGGGUCUCAGAAGCACUUAUGUACAUUUUUUAAAAUGUGUUUUAAUAAAAACACUCAAAUCUGAA